AUGGGUGCUAGAAGAUCACAUGGGUUUAAAAGGAGCUUGGACAAAUUCAUGGCAGAAAACGCGAGUGAGGCCUGUCAAGGACAGCAUCUCAGGAAGUCCUUGACCUGCGAGGCAGCGCCUGGGCGAGCCGGCUGGCUCUGGAGGCGAAGAAGAGCAAGGUUGGUGCGGGGAUUCCCUUCUUCUGGCCACUCUCGUCCUCUUCUCGCCGGGGCUAAGGCCGGAGGAGGCAACGAAGCCUGCGACCGGACCGGGCGCCUCUACCUGUAUCACUACAACGAGGAGCAGCCUUACAUCCCGCUGACAGAAAUCCAAAGGAUUGACACUCCUGCCAUCCUAGACAUCAAAUGGUGCCAUGUUCCAGUUGCAGAGCAUCCCAUGGCUGGCGUUGCAAACUCAACAGGUGCUGUGGAGUUCCUCCACCUCACUGGAAGUGAGAAGAACAGCUGCAUGUUGGAGCCAUGCUUCAGGGUUGAUCUAGGUGCCCAGCGUCUUGCCUUGUCCUUAGACUGGUCCACAGGACGAGAACAAUGUGGAUGUCCUCUGAGAGUGAUCAGCAGUGAUUCAGAGGGGAAGCUGAAUCUGUUCUCCAUUGAUGAAUCUGCUCCUUCUGUGCAUGUCCUGAACCAGUGGGAAGCUCACAGAUUUGAGGCCUGGAUUGCUGCUUUUAAUUACUGGGACACAGACAUUGUGUAUUCAGGAGGAGAUGACAACCUGCUAAAGGGCUGGGACACAAGAUGCAGUCCUGAGAUUCCUGUCUUCACCAGCAGGAGACAUUCAAUGGGUGUGUGCAGUAUUCAGUGCAGUCCCCACCGGGAAAAUCUUCUGGCUACUGGCAGCUAUGAUGAGCACGUGCUGUUGUGGGACACCAGGAACAUGAAGCAGCCGUUGGCAGACACCCACGUUGAAGGUGGAGUCUGGAGGUUAAAGUGGCACCCAACUUGUGAAUUUGUGCUGCUAGCAGCCUGCAUGCAGAGUGGAUUCAAAAUCCUUGACUGCCGUGGAAGCAUGGCGGAAAACACAGAAGAAUGUAUCAUCCUGACAUCCUAUGUCUUGCACAACUCCUUGGCCUAUGGGGCUGACUGGUCAAGGCUUUGUCCAAGGGAUUCCUUGACUGUGAUACAAGACUCUGCUACUGCGUGCCAGUCUUCUGAGGAGCCUGCAGCAAAAUCGGAGGAAGGAGAUGAGCAACUGAAUUUGCAGGUCCAAAACCUGAAGAUAAUUUAUGAGUCUCCUACAGCUACUUUUGAUGUAAUAUUGGAUGAGGAGAGUGAAGACCCUGCCUUGCCACUCAAAGCAGAGGGAGGUCCUGACGUGGCGCGGGGUCCUAUAUUGGCUGGGGAUGCUGACCUGGUUAGGGGCCCGGAUGUAAAGAGGAGCCUAGAUUUGGCUGGGGGUCACAACCUAGAGGCAGAUCUUGUGUCAGUAAGAGCUUCUGACUCGGGAGUUCUGAGACCCAACGGAGUGGGCCUAGACAAAAGUGGUAAUUCAACUAGACCAUUAGACAAUCCAAAAGAAAUGAGCAUUGUAGCAACUUGUUCAUUCUAUGAUAAUAUCCUACAUGUCUGGAAGUGGGAAAUGAGCCUGGUUACCCCUUCGGAGACGUCCAGUACUAGUUCUCAGUCAGAAAACACAGUUUUACUUUAACCUUUUUGAAAGUCUGCCUUGACAGUCCCAAUGGAAAGGGAUAGAAAAAUUCCUGUACUGAGAGCAACAUCUGCAGCUUAUGCCCUGUCUAAUUUUGGUUGGGAUUUUUCCAGUUGUUACUGUUGAGUUUGUGAGUCUUUAAAGGCCGAUGCUGUUGGAAUCAUUGCUGUUUUAUUUCCAGCACUGAGGAAAGCCUUUGCUGAGGAGUGUGGUCAAGCACAGACACGUUUGUUUAGUUUUCCCUGAAUGUACUGGUUCAAAGUAGGACAGCAUUCCUCUCAAAGGUUACUUGUUUGUACAUUAUGUUUGAAUCCCUUCAAGGCUGAUUUGCAUUUGUGUGACUGAUCUGUUAAGCCUGUUCUCCUUCCAAACCAAACCAAACCUGUCUGCAGUACUACAUAUAGAAAAGCACACACCAUGUGGUCAGUUUUUCCCCGAUUGUUUUUUUUUUUUUUUUUCCAAAAAAAGUCCAUGAGUAAAGUUUAGAUGUAUAUGUAGCUUGCUGUGCAAUUGGUAAGCUAGUAUGUACUUUGAGAAGAUGCUCAAGGACAGUCAAGAUGCUGACAGAGCAAUUUGCCUAUGGAGAUCUUGAGUAGAGAGAGAUUCUUUUUUAGAAGGAAAUGCAAACUGACUGAUAUGACAGAUUGCAAUUCAGCUACAGGAAGUUUUGUUCUGAGCAGGGCCUUUCUUGUAAGGAUUCUGGUGUAUCUGCAUAGUCUAAUUUUGCAGCAGACUUAUCACCUGGAUAUCAUCUCAUUUCAUCACUCUCCAAGCUAAGCACAACCUGGUUAAGCAUAAAUUGUGUGGUCAGUCCUGCUAUAUUUUAGUGCCACACUUUACCAAAAAUCCUCACACCUCUUGGUAUCAAACUCAUAAUUUCUGCUAUCCAUAGUGAGAUAUUUAGGUCCAAAUAGUGAGAUACUUAGGUCCAAAGUCAAGAUUUUUUUUUUAAAGGUCAACAGCUUUAAGAUCAAAACGUCCAAAAAGUUUAAGCAGUGUUUCCUGACAUCUUUUAAGUUCAAAACAAAUACAUACAAAAACCAAAAUCUUAACAACAUUGCCCUAACUACCUCCAGGAAUGGCUGCAGAAUUUCUCAUGGUUACUCUACUAGCUUUCUUUUUUCACUGUGAAACAUCAGCAAAACACCCUGCUUCUGGAACAUUUUCUCUGUGCUCUUAAUUAUCUUCCUAAAAACAAACAAACAGAAGUUUCAACUCCAUAAUUUUCUUCUAGCUUGUAUGGUUUCUCUUUGAGAGUCCUAGAGGGUUAGUUGCCUGGAGGAAAAGAAACACCAGCAACAAGUAUCUGUAACAGAGCUGUAUCUAAAAUGCGGUACAGCAGAUGAGCAUCUUACUGCUUUGAAACCCGUUUCUCAAGGGUGAACAUGUAUUUUAGAAAACCUUCUUGAGCACUGUUACAUGGAGAUUCACAUUAGUAUUGUGAACAAGAGUUUUGGUUUAAAAAACACACCCUAUUUUUGGAUGUUUCUAAAAUAAAAUCAAUAUAAGAGA